AUGCCUGCUCUUCAACUUCUUUCUACCGAACUCGAGAAAUCCGGAUGGGAAAAUGAAACAUUACUGAACAAGAUUCAGACAUUGAUGAAUCAAGGAUUGGUCCUGGCAAGUCGCGGAGCACCGGACAACCGCGUAUUUUCCGCUGAAGAGCUUGCAUGGUUUGCCAAGGCCAGUUAUAGCAUUGCUUCCAGAGUAUUCAGAUCGACCAAAACGGAGCCCUUCGCCGAUACGUGUCAACAAACGGAUAGAACAGAGCAUAUUGUUCCAUCAGAACACUAUCUUCUCUGCGACUCUCUCAAAAUAGCCAGAAUCGCGAUAGAAGCCCGCAAAGAAAUUAGCUUCGAUGAGAAGCAAAAGCACUACAGCGCUAUCCACAGGAUUGGUACACACUUUCGAGAACUGUUCAGGAGCCAAACGGUCGAACACAGCACUAAUGCUCAGUAUAAAAAACGGCACUCCCAGCACCGUACCAUCCUUGCCCUCGAUCUCGAGGCAUCUAUAUUCUUGAAAAACUGGACAGGUGUCUGUACAAUCAUCGAGGAAGCUAGCCCAUUCUUGAACGAGAGACUCAGCUCAGUAUUUCUAGACGGUAUCCUCCGCUCCGAAGGUCAGCUAAACGCCAAAGUACAAGCAGUCAAGACCCUGCUCCGCACCCUGCACGCCUCACCAUCCCCCUUCCUAGACAAGUCAACCUUCAUCAUCCAAACCCUUCCCCGCUACAUUCGCUGUCUAUUCCAACUCUCCGUCGACGCAGCAGAGUACCAGCUCGCAGAGACAAUUCUCGAUCAGUCUCUCAGUUUAGUGCAAGGAAGACAUGCUAAAGCCGGGAAAAAUGACAAUCUGUCACCACCGGGGUAUCCCGAAGAUGAGAUACGAUGGUUAUCAACCGUAGCAUUCAAUCGAGCGGUGGAUUACUACCUCGCUGCAGCGGAUGCGGAUUGCCGACGAUGGGCGGGAAAGGCAAUCAGCCUUGCUGAUAUGGCACAAGAUGAUGGUGGACUGGGAAGAUUAUUACGGAGGAAGUUGGAGAUGCUGACUUGA